UCCACUUGCAGUGCCGAUGUACCUAAGUCGCCUCUCUCUGUCUUCAAUGGAACCGCCUACUUAGCGAAGGCCGCUGUCGCCAACGACGUUUCAACGCCAUUUUUGUAGCUUAAGCGAAAGGGAAAGGCUGAAAAGCGAAGCGCUCUUCUGAAUCUCCACCAAAUCAAACACCACCGCUCGAACACCAGAUUCAGAUCUUUCUUCUUCGCCGUCAUCCUUCUCUACGAGCUCAGGAGCUUGUGCACUGCUUGGAAGCAUUGGAGUUGUGUAUUUAUGCAGAAAUUGAUUCAUCGUUGUACGGCUGUUGGAUUCCUCUGAAUCACAACAUUUUCAAUUUGUUUGGAUAAGGCUUAGAAUGAGUCAAGUUUGAGUGUUUUACAGAAAGGAAAAACUUUUAGUUCGUCCAGCACCACACCACCUAGGUGAUGGUAAUGCUAGAAACUGGAAGUGUAGUUUUCAAGUAAAUGGUUGGGUUGUUAGGUAGACUGGAAGGUCGGAGAGAGUAUAUGGCUCGUGACCUCUAACAGGUAAGGAAAUGGUCCAGAGUGAUGUCGAUACUGAAAAGGUUAAGUUUACUGAACAUAAUUUUGGCCACAGAGGUAGUCAAGGGUCAGGUCUUUCUAGGGAGCCAUCAUUCUCAGGCUGGUUCAAUGAAGAUGGCAUGAUAAGUAAAGAUUACCAAGAAGUUGAAGAUCAAACUGUAGAAGACUUCGAUUUUGAAUUGUCUUUAACACGAGAAGGUGGGUUGGGAGAAGGGCAUUUAGACAGCGAGAGAAGCCAAUAUAUGACAUUUCAGCCAAAAAGCAUGAAGACAAACGGAAGUAACAGUAAGGAUGGUGUUUCUGCUCAUGGCAUGACAAAUGGAAAUAGAAGAUACACAUCUUUCAAUAUUGAAAAUGGGUCUAGAACAGAGGGAACUUUCUUGAACAUUGGAGAUAAUGGCUCCGAUUCUAUGAAUAACCAUGGAACAUAUCAAUCAGAUAGUAAGAGUUAUAUUUCUUCUAUUGAUGUGCUGAAGACAAUUUUCUUUAUACUUGUAUGGUACACAUUCAGCACAUUCUUGACUCUGUACAAUAAAACUCUAUUAGGGGACCAUUUAGGGAAUUUCCCAGCUCCCAUGUUGAUGAAUACAAUCCACUUCUCAAUGCAAGCUAUUUUAUCAAAUGCUAUAACAUGGUUUUGGUCUCAGAGAUUUCGGCCAAGUGUACCUAUGUCAUGGAGAGAUUACUUUUCAAGAGUUGUGCCAACUGCUCUGGGAACAGCAUUCGACAUUAACUUAAGCAACGCUUCUCUUGUUUUCAUCUCUGUUACAUUUGCUACUAUGUGUAAAUCAGCAUCUCCUAUAUUUCUCCUUAUAUUUGCUUUCGCAUUUAGGUUGGAGUCUCCAAGCUUUAAACUUUUGGGUAUCAUCCUUGUCAUAUCCAUUGGAAUUCUGUUAACGGUUGCAAAAGAGACUGAAUUUGACUUCUGGGGAUUUAUUUUUGUUAUGCUUGCUGCUGUGAUGUCUGGGUUUCGUUGGACCAUGACUCAAAUUCUACUUCAGAAAGAAGUAUACGGCCUGGAAAAUCCACUUACCUUGAUGAGCUAUGUAACUCCAAUAAUGGCAAUGGCAACUGCUCUGCUAUCUCUUAUAAUAGAUCCUUGGGAUGAAUUCAGAAAGAAUAGUUACUUCAAUAGUUCAUGGCAUAUCAUACGAACUUGCCUGCUGAUGCUUCUUGGUGGAACUCUAGCCUUUUUUAUGGUAUUGACAGAGUACAUUCUUGUUUCAGUAACUAGUGCUGUGACUGUGACAAUAGCAGGAGUUGUCAAAGAGGCUGUCACUAUUUUGGUUGCUGUAUUUUACUUCCAUGACCAAUUUACUUGGUUGAAAGGGGUUGGUCUUAUUACAAUCAUGGUUGGUGUGAGCUUGUUCAACUGGUACAAAUACCAAAAACUACAAAAGGGUGAAUCAGGUGAUCAUAAUGUGGCAGCUUCAACUAGUGUGCCUGCAAAAUAUGUUAUUCUUGAGGAGAUGGAUGAUGAAGAAGAAGAUGGUCCCGUAAAUCUCAACAAUGAUAUCAGUUGAAUCUGUAGGACCCCACCCCGCUCAGACUAAUGUUUUCCAAAGUUGAUUGCAUCUGCAGCUCAAUUCCCACUCUAAGAGCUGCUGCGCGCAGUGAUGUCGUGUUGUUCUUCAACCUUCUUAUCAGGUUGGCAGCGGGUAAACUAGGGGUUUUCUAAACUUUAUUCGACUUGGCAAUCGAGGCUAUAUCCGUUUGAGAUUUUGUUUCCAUGCUGUAGAGUGUGUACACUGUAUGCAGGCAAAAAGGAUAAUGCUUCUGAGCGCCAAAUUCCAUCUUUGGAACUUGAGGAUACUCCUCAAGUUUCUCAGAUUUAGAUGGGAUUGGACCCAUUAGUUUUAAACUUUGGAACUACUCUUCUUUGCUUCUCCUUUCUUUUCCCUUUUUUUUUUUUUUGUCUUUUUUGAUAUUUUUAAUAUUUUAUUGUUUUUAUGCUCUUGCCAUGUAAUGGGUGUAAAUAUUGAUGCAUCGCGAGUUGGAUUGAAUGAUAUUUGGUACUGAUUAAACUAUUUAGUGCA